ACAUCAUGCAUGCAAUUACAAUUUUAUUUUAUUUCAUGUUAAAUUAAGUACCAACCAGACUGUUUCGACUUUUGAAUAAAAAUAUCGGACAUUACUCCCUGGAUCCAAUUCUUACUGAAGUUAAUUUUAGUAACCAUUUAAUGUAAGUAGGGUACUAAGUAAAGUAAAGUAGAGUUGUAGAAUAGCCUAAUUAGGCCUUUAAUUUUUUUAACAAGGUUAAAAUACAAUCUCAUAGAUGGGUAAACUACAGAACAAGGAGGGAGGAACAGGUGCAAGAAGAAAAAAGUUUAAAAAACCUCAAAAACCAGUAGGCCUAUCAAAUAUACAACAUGACGACCGAAAAAAUACAAAAGAAAGUCGUAAACUCGCUGAAAAGAAUUUAAAAACUUUAAAGACAUUGAGUGAGACCGCUAAUAGAAAAACAAUAGUAAAACGGUUUGAACCUCAAACAAACAAUAAAGAUGGUACCAUUAAAACUACUGACAAAGAGAGGAUACCGGUGCCUGAAGAGCUGUUGAAAAAAUACAGUCGUGGGGAAGGCAUUAAAGGAGUUGGAAUCAAAACCCAUUUAGAAAAAGUUAAACUUCUGAAGAGUGAUAAAGUUGUAGAAUGGGCAACAGAACAGGCUGCGAGAUCUACGGUUUUACUGACAGAAGAUUCUGGUUUUAUUGAACCUGAUGAAAACGAGGUAACAAGACAGUACAGCCAAGAGCAGAUAUCAAAUAACGUUGAUAUCACCAGUGCUGCUAAAAGAUUUGAAUUAAAUCUUCAGUUUGGACCCUACAGAAUGAACUACACAAAAAACGGACGUCAUCUGCUGUUAGGAGGCAGACGUGGGCAUUUGGCUGCUUUUGAUUGGGUCACAAAGAAACUUCUAUGUGAAACUAACGUAAUGGAGACAAUCUCUGAUGUUCAGUGGUUGCACCAGGAGACAAUGUUUGCGGUAGCGCAGAAGGACUGGGUCUACAUGUACGACAACCAAGGCGUAGAGUUGCAUUGUAUCAAGGCACUCAACAAGGUGUUACACAUGGAGUUUCUUCCGUACCACUUCCUUCUGGCCACUGGAAAUCAAGAUGGAUUCCUCGGCUGGUUGGAUGUUUCCAUCGGCAAGAUGGUGAACCAUUUCAACAGCAAGCAAGGUCGUCUGAAGGUUAUGACGCAAAACCCCAGCAAUGCUGUGAUUUGUUUAGGCCACACCAAUGGUACAGUGACGAUGUGGAGUCCAACAGUGAGGGACCCCCUGGUGAAGAUGUUGUGUCAUAAACAGCCAUUAACUAGUGUGGCUGUCGACAUGCGCGGACAACACAUGGUGACGGCUGCGGUGGACAGGUCUGUUAAGGUGUGGGACGUUCGUCAGCUGACAGGACCUCUGCAGGAUUACCGCAUGUUCUCUGUCGUCAGCAAUGUUGCCAUCAGCCAGCGAGGACUGGUCGCUACCUCGUCUGGUAAUGUUGUGGAGAUAUAUAAAGAUUUCUGCUCGCCAGGAGAAGGGGAUAAGCGAGCUUAUUUGAGGCAAAAACUUUACAAAGGCGUUGAGAACUUACAGUUUUGCCCCUUUGAGGACAUUCUCGGAGUUGGAACUUACAAUGGAUUUACGAGCCUCUUAGUACCAGGUAGCGGAGAGCCUAAUUUCGAUGCUUACGAGGCAAAUCCAUUCCAGAGCAAGAGUCAGCGUAGAGAAGCCGAAGUGAAGGCACUAUUGGAAAAGAUUCAACCGGAGAUGAUCACCCUGGACCCAGCCUCCAUCAUUGAGGUGGACUUGCCUUCCCUCAAAGACAAACUGGAAGCCAAGAAGUCUUUGCUGUUCCUGAAACCACCAAACAUUGACUUCACUCCUCGUAAAAAAUCCAAGAGGCACGGAAAAACAGUCCAGAUGGCAAAAACAAAGAAGAUUAUGAAAGAAAAGCAGAAAAGAGAGUUUUUGAAAGCGGUUCAAGAAGCUCAACAGCAAGAACAAGAAGACGCAUCUCAAAAACCAAAAAGUGUUUUGGAUAGGUUUAAGCCACCUCCAAAGAAGAAGAAACAACCACUUUUUGUUCCAUAGUCGUGUAAAUAAAGUAUGUAAUUUUCUA